AUGUCGCAGCAAGCUGAUGCUGCUGCUGCUGCUGCUGCUGCAGCAGCAGCAGCAGCAGAAGGUAAAGAUGAUAAACAUAAUGCUGCUGCUGUACUUGAUAGACCGGAUGAUGCAGCAGCAGAGAAAGAUGCAGCAACAGAGCAACAAGGGGAUAUAGCAAGAGGAGCAGAUGUAGAGGAAGAAAGACAAGAAGUAGAGAAUUUAUGGCCAAGACAAAGACUUGUUGCUUCUCUUCUUAUGCUUUCUUCCUCUAAUCCUCGUGCUGCAGCAGCAUUAGGUUUGCUGCAGCCACCACCACCAGCAGCAGAAGGAGGAGGAGGAGGAGGAGGAGGAGGAGGAGGGAGAGAGGCGCAGCAAACACAGCAAGCUGAUGAACCUUCCUCUCAUUCUGUCGUCAGCAGCAACCCAUUAACAGACCCUUUCUUUUGGUUCCCCUAUAUGCUGCCUGAUGCUGCCUUAGAGGCGGAAGCAGCAGAGCGUGCUGCAGCAGGAGAUGCAGCAACAGGAGGAGAGGGUUCUCUUGGUUCUGCAGCAGCAGCAGCAGCAGCAGGCACCAAGGGUUUUAAUGUAUUAGAGUAUCCGUUGCCUCCCCAUCCAGGUUGCCGCCCUAUGAGGCGCAACCAAGGAAAAAAUCUAUCGUACAAUGCAAGCAUAUCCGAGUUCCUUGGUGCAGAAACCCUGCAACGCCUAGAAGCUGAAUGCCCUCAGCUACGAUUAACAAUGCGAAGAUUAAAACAAAAAGAACCGCCAAAGGCUCCUCUUACAGAUAUUCGUCUAUUCGGAAUUGAUACUCCUGAUUUCUCCGAGUUUAAUUCACGAUUAAGAUUCGAUCAAUCUCUUCUCUUAGGUGUUGGGGAGGCCCACAUCCUGUCUGCUAGGACCCUAUCGAGGGUUCCUCCUCCAUCAGGGGGCCCCUCUGCAGCAGGAGCAACAGGGGGCCCCAUGGGGGGCCCAGGUGGUGCAACAAGUCGUACCCUUGCUGGGCCAACUCCUAUUUGUACGGAUGUCCUCCUCGCCCUCUGCGGAAAUAAUAGAAUCACCAGCAGCAGCAACCCUGUUGCUGCUGCCAUGUUUGCCCAAGAACAGCAGCAGAUGAGGCUGCGUCUCUUACAAGCAGCAGCAAAGGCAGCAGCAACAGCAGGGACAACAGCGGGGGCACCGAGCCAAAGGGCUGCAGGGGAAGAGGGGCCCCUCACAUCCCCAGCCGCACGGGGGCCCCCACUGAAGCGUUUGAAGACAGAUGCAACAGAGACGGAAGGCAGCACCGCAGCAGCAGCGACUCCUGCUCCUGCUGCUGCUGCUGCUGCUGCUGGGUCUGGUGCUGCAGCAAAACCUCCCGAAGAGGCUGGUGCAACUGCACAGGGGGAUACAACACUGCUGCAGCAAGCAGAAAGAACAACUGCAGCAACAGCAGCAGCAGCAACAGCAGCAGCAGCAACAGCAGCAGCAGCAGCACCAACUGGCAGUACCCCAGCGCCAGCCACCAGGAACCUUCCUUUACAUUUCGAUGCCCUGUACGAUUUGCUGCUGAGCACGCCGCAGCAAAAACAGCAGCUGCAGCACCAAAUGCAACAGCAGCUGUUGCUGCAGCAGCAGCAGGGAGUUGCAAGCGCACACCUGCUGCAGCAGCAACAGCUGCAGCAGCAACAACUGCAACAGCAACGCCUACGACGCCCAGGUCCUCCCCUUCCCGGGUCAACUCUGCCGGGGCCUCCCCUUGGGGCUCUUCCGGGGGCAAUUGGUGCUCCGCUUCCUGGGCUUUCUCAGCAGCAGCAGCAGCUACUGCGGCAAAAUAGACAACUGAAUGUGCUGCAGCAGCAACUGCAACACCAACAACUGCAGCAGCACCAAGUACUGGAUGCUGCAAAACAGCAAGUCCUGCCGCAGCAGCAGCAAGUUCAGCAAAAUGUUACUGCCAGUGCUUCUUCUAGCGCAGGCCCACUACCGCCCCUUCAGAUGUUUCAGCAGCAGCAUCCUCAGUUGCUGCUGCAGCAACGACCGCAACAAUUGCAGCAGCAGCUUCUGCAGCAGCAGCUUCUUCUGCAGAGGCAGCAGCAACAGCUCCAGAUGGCAGGCCAGCAGCCUUCGGUGGGCGUACCGACUGCGCAGCUGCUACAGCAGCUGCAGCAGCUACAACAGCCACAGCAGCAACUACAGCAGCUGCAGCCGCAGCAACCUGCCGCUUGGCCACAACAGCGUUGA